AUGGCAGGGGUUUGCAUAUACAUAGCUCAAAGAAUCCAUAGUCCCAGAACACCUCAUAGCGCCAAAGCCAAGAUUCCCAUGCUGAAGAUACUGAUAAGUCAUGUGCGUGACUCGAUCCAUAUGAGAUCAAGUAAAAGAGCAAGUCGCUGGGUUUUGCGUGAAGACGAGAAAUUAAAGAUGAUAAAGAUGAGAAAGGCGGGCGUGGUCGACAUGGUAUAA